AUGAGCGCCAGUCCCGAACAAGUGCCCCACGACGCACAUCCAGUGCAGCUGGAAGAGGCGCAGUCUUCAGCGCAAGCGCCAGAUAUCAUCGAAGCUGGCAGUGACGACGGAAAUGAUGACGCGUAUCAGCCCAGGGAGUGGGAUGCUUCCUCAUCAGCCUCAGCUUCCGUCACGUCGUCGGUGUUGAAGCAUUCCUUUGAAAACGGCAGACGUUAUCACUCAUUCCGAGAUGGGAAAUAUCCCAUCCCCAACGAUGAUAUUGAACAGAACCGCGAAGACAUGAAGCACGCCAUGGUCAUGGAGCUCACCGACGGCAAGCUAUUCCACGCCCCUAUUGGGGACGCGCCCAACAAGAUUAUUGACCUCGGGACGGGUACUGGCAUAUGGGCAAUGGAAGUCGGAGACCAAUAUCCUACUGCAGAGGUGACUGGCGUGGAUUUAUCUCCAAUCCAGCCAUGCUGGGUGCCUUCCAAUGUCCAUUUCUUCGUCGACGAUGUUGAGGAUGAAUGGCUGUCCGGGGACAACUUCGAUCUCAUACACAUGCGAAACUUGGCUUCCCUUGUGCACGACCUCCCAAAGCUUUUGGAGCGAGUUUUCGACAACCUCAAGCCCGGAGCCUACAUCGAGACACAAGACUUUAGCGCCAACGUCAAGUGCGACGACGGCACCAUGCCCGACGACUGGCCUCUGCUAGAGUUUUGGUCAAAAAUGCGCGACGCCAUGCUGCGGAUGAAAAUUGAGAUCCAAGUGGCCUCGCGAAUCGGUGAGCUCAUGAGAGAUGCCGGCUUCGUCAACGUCCAAGUGAAGUCCUACAAGGUGCCGGUCGGAAGAUGGCCGCUCGACAAGAGGCUGCGUCUGGUGGGGCAUUACAUGCGCUCCGUGACGGAGGACUUUUUGGGCGCCGCGGCGAGCAAGCCGCUGGCGGCCCUGGGUAUGGAGCGUACGGAGAUUGAGGUCUUUCUCGCGUCGGUUCGGAACGCGAUUAAGGAUCCGAAUGUGCAUGCCUAUGGCACGUACUACUCCUGGGUAGGACAAAAGCCAGUACAAUCUGAGGGCAUGUAA